AUGUCCUUUGUCGACCUCAAACACAUCCCCUGUCCUGCCGGGGACAGGUGCACCGCAUUCCAGUGCCUUUUCCAGCAUAAAGAUGACAGGGAUAAGAUGGCGGCACCAUCAGCACCGGCGCUCAACGCGUCAGCAACGUCGGCCAAGAGGUCGACUGAUACCACGACGGAUGCAACCCAGGAUGGCCCUCGAAAACGUCCAAAAGCUGCUCAGCUCGUCAGGAACCCCGCCAAUUCUGCAAGAACGCCUACUCCUGUCAAAACCACCUCAAAACAAGACACCACUGCGCCGAGACCAGAUGACACUCUGUCAGCUGUCGCUCGGCCCAUUUCACCUCCACCUUUAAAUCGCCCGUCUGCCUCUUCCUCGUCGGCCGUGAAGAGGCUUCCUCAGUCCAAACCACUCGCACCUUCCCUCGCUUCGUCCGACCUCAAGAAGUCGUUGAAUCACUCUACUCCCACCAGAUCCUCUCUUUUAUCUGCAGCCAAUCACCCUUCCAAACCCAACACUCCUUCAGUCACUACCUCCUCUGCGACUGCUUACACCCCAAAGUCAGCCCAACAAGGCACUGCUUCUCCGCACACUCCUUCAACACCAACCACGUCCAAGACCGAGCCACCACCCAAGCUCAGAAAGCCGGAGGCUCUCACGCCUCGCUUACUUAAAUCAUCCCCGGCCAAGUUCGAUAUUCGAUACAAGCUUGUGCAGAUGCUAUACGGCGAAUACACUCGCCUUAAUAACGAACUCAAGAAGACCGCCAAAGACGCCGAAGAGAAACAACUCGUUCUCACGGACCAGGACCUCAUCUGGAGAGUCCUUGACGAAGAGGAGACCACCGCUAUCGAGAAAGGCGCCAUCUACUCAAACGUAAUCAAGAACAAAAUCAUGCAGUACAAGAAGAUGACACUGCUGCAGUGGAAGGACGAGAGGGUCGUCCAACGCCACCAGCAGACACAAAAAGGCCCUCACAAGAAGCCGCCUGUGUCUCCCAAAAAGAUUGUGACUGGGUUGACGCCGGCGCAGGAGGUUCGCCUCGUUCGCCACCUUAUCACCCCCGUUAAUGGCCUCGCUGCCCACGGCUACGUUUCGUCUGUCCCCACUGAGAUCGAGAUCAACAAGGCCCGUGAGGGUCUCGAGGCCGCCAAGGGGUGGGAGAAGUGCGAUCGCUGUGACAAGCGUUUCCAGAUGUUUCCUGGCAGAAGAGAAGAGGAUGGGGCCCUUGCCUCCGGCGGUACUUGCACCUUCCAUUGGGGCAAGACCUACUUCCCCGAGCGCCAACUCGGCGACAGAUCCAAGCAACAGAAGCGCUACCGAUGCUGUGGUCAGGCUGUUGGAGAUUCCGCCGGCUGCUACACCAACCCUCAUCAUGUGUUCAAGGCUUCAGAUCCCAAACGGCUUGCCACCAUCCUCAACUAUGCCGAGACACCUGCAAACCCUAAUGCGCCCUCCGACAGAGCUGUGUGCUUCGACUGCGAAAUGUGCUACACCGUUCACGGCCUUGAACUUGUCCGUCUUACUGCCACAGCUUGGCCCAACGGAGAAGAGCUCUUGGACGUCCUCGUUCAGCCGGUCGGCGAGGUUCUGGAUCUGAACUCACGAUACUCCGGUGUUUGGCCCGAAGACAUGGCGUCCGCAGAGCCUUGGUCUGCCAAGGAACAAGACCCAACCCCCGCACAAGCCAAGAAAAUGGCAAGUCCCAAAAAGGGCAAGAAGAAGAUGAAGAUUGUCUCUUCUCCCGAAGUGGCACGCGACCUGCUCUUCUCUCUCAUCGCCCCCAAUACCCUCUGA